AUGGGGCAACUGCAAUGCUGUGUCUCCUUCUGCGACACUAACAUCACUGCUACCCGCUACAUUACCAAGUCUAAUCUCAGUCUUCUUAGGCUCGACUGCAUUGAUCAACUUGUCUUGGUUUAUUUGCCGCUCCGGCUUGCUUGCAUUCAAGUGCAGAUCUUUGCUGUACCUGCACACCCCGCCAAGGAUAUUCUCCAGCGGCAUCCAGUCUUCCACCCAAAGAGACCCGUUCCAUAUGCAGCUCUGCCUCUUGUCGAUGCUGAACUGAAGUGCUUGGGGGAACUUGGAGUACUGACACCUGUGUCCUACUCCGCCUGCGCUGCCCCCAUUGUUGUUGUCAGGAAACUGAAUGGUUCGAUUAGUAUCUGCGCCGAUUUUUCCACCGGCCUCACCGCCGCUCUGACGCCGAAAUGCGAUCAGCUGCCGGCCCCGCUGAUUCGUUUGUUGUAA